AUGGCGGCCAACUUUCUCGCCAGGGCCCAUGUCGUGCCUCUCGGCAUCGUGGCCAUCUACACCGGCUUCCUGUGCGCCAUGUUCACGCCCUUGAUCCAGAAGCACUUCCUCUUCCUACACAAGAUCCCGUUCCCUCUCUUUGCCGACUUUGACCAUCCCGAACGCUACGGUCUGGCCCCCUUCAAGACGCGCAACUUUCGUCUGACGACAGCCGACAACGUCUCCAUUGGCGCCUGGCACAUCCUUCCCGAGGCAUUCUAUCAAGCGCAGGACACCCACGAUGGGCCAAUCGCGGAUGACCUCUUCGACGACGCGCUGAAGCAGUAUCCGACGAUCAUCUACCUGCACGGCAACGCGGCCAACCGCGCCGCACCCUUCCGGAUCCGCGCCUACUCGUCGCUCUCGACCCGGCUCGCGGUCAACGUGAUCGCCAUCGACUACCGGGGGUUCGGCGACUCGGAUGGCGAUCCGAGCGAACGCGGCGUAGUGCUGGACGCACGCGCCGCCUUUGACUUUGUCCGUACCCGCAGCGGGCACACCGACGGCAGCGGCAUCGUCGUCUUCGGACAGAGCCUGGGCAGCGGGGUGGCAGCCGCCGUCACGCACGAGCUGCACGAGCAGGGCACGCCGCCCCAGGCCGUGGUCCUGAUGGCCGCCUACUCGUCGAUCAACGCCGUGAUUAGCAACUUUAGGAUCGCCGGCCUCUUGCCCGUCCUCGCGCCGCUCAAGCUCAUUCCCGGUGCACAGCACCUGGUGGAAAAGUACCAGGUGACAAAGUUCGCAACCGACCAACGUCUUCCGCGCCUCCUUCUGCCGCUACCCGAUCUCCAAGCGGCCGUGUCCGAAACGGCCAGCGACGAGGGACCUUCUAAAGGCGUCGGCAGUGGCGACGGGAGCGAGGGAAGCACGACGUCGAGGAAGCCGCACAUUGUCAUUCUGCACGCCGACGACGAUGCCAUUAUCCCCGUCUCGCACAGCCGGGUGCUGUGGGACGCCCUCGUCUCUUCGCACACGCAGCACCACGGCGCCCCGCCCGCCGUGCGGACCAGGACCAUCGAGCGCUUCGCAGAGGUGCACCAGUUUCACCUCGAUCCGAUACCCCCCUCUUUCUCAUCGUCGUCGUCAUCAAAUGGGGAUGCGACCGGGGCCAAGGCGACGUAUAUCCGCACUCUGCACGGCGGACAUGACCAUCUUACCGAAGGAGCCGUAGAUCAACUCGGCCUCGCUGCUGGCCUCCUGCCGCGCCGAGCGUGA